AGUUUACAGAGAAUCCUGAUGAUCAGAUUGAACUAAUACAAAACUUGGCUGAUAUCUUCAUGGGAACAGUGCAGUACAAGAAGGAAGGGGUGCUCAUGUGUAUUCAAGAGGUCUGUGAUGUUAUAACCACCAAUACAAGCCCAGCGAGGAAGAGAAGGAAGUUUCAGCCACCUUGUUAAACUGGUGCAGGUAUGUUUUCUCACUUGCUGACAACUAUGAGAAGAUCACUGUGCACUUUGGAAGCAGCGACCCUGUUGAUAUCAUCCAUGACUUCCACAGAAAGGGAACAUACUUGCCUCAGACCUACAUCCUCCAUGAAGAGAUGGUGGUGACCGGCAACGUGCACAACAUGCGUCAGCUGGGACCGUUCAUCUACCGCUUGUGCAAUGGGAAGGACACGUACCGCCUCAAUUGUCGCGUCUCCGGCAGUGAUAAGUCGUGGGUUAAAAAGGGGAUAGAGGGCAUUAAUGCUGCAAACUGUUGCCAUCAGAAGUUUAGCACGCACGGCACAAACUAACAUCUCUCAUCCUCUCUCUGUGUGUCGCCCCCCUUGUCUCUCCCUCGCAGGCAUCAGCGCGAGGCGAAGGACUGCCACCACAUCCGUCACUUUGAGAAUACUUUCGUGGUGGAGACGGUUAUCUGGGAGGAACUUUUCCCCAUCUGGUGUUCGGAGCUGUGGCAUCUUCCGCUCCUGUCAAGGCGAAGUUGGACUUCUCGGCCUACAGCAAUAUCGUUGGCUUGGGUCUGAUGAAUGAAGUGGUUGGUGGCUCAGGAAAGUGUCUUGCUAUUGUGCAGAAAGCCUUUGUUGCUUUAGAGGCAGCACUGAUGGGCCCUGGACUUUGGCUGCUGUCAGUUUACAGAGAAUCCUGAUGAUCAGAUUGAACUGAUACAAAACUUGGCUGACAUCUUCAUGGGAACAGUGCAUUACAAUGAGGAAGGAGUGCUCAUGUCUAUGCAAGAUGUCUGUGAUGUUCUAACCAAUAUGAGGAAGAGAUGAAAGUUUACAACCGCCUUGUUAAACUGGCGCAGAAGGGAACAUACUUGCCUCAGACCUACAUCCUCCAUGAAGAGAUGGUGGUGACCGGCAACAUGCACAACAUGCGUCAGCUGGGACCGUUCAUCUACUGCCUGUGCAAUGGGAAGGACACGUACCGCCUCAACCGUCACGUCUCCCGCAGACUUUCCCCAUCUGGUGUACGGAGCUGUGGCCUCCUCCGCUCCUGUCAAGGCGAAGUUGGACUUCUCGGCCUACAGCAAUUGUCUUGCUAUUGUGCAGAAAGCCUUUGUUGCUUUAGAGGCAGCACUGAUGGGCCCUGGACUUUGGCUGCUGUCAGUUUACAGAGAAUCCUGAUGAUCAGAUUGAACUGAUACAAAACUUGGCUGACAUCUUCAUGGGAACAGUGCAUUACAAUGAGGAAGGAGUGCUCAUGUCUAUGCAAGAUGUCUGUGAUUUUCUAACCAAUAUGAGGAAGAGAUGAAAGCUUACAACCGCCUUGUUAAACUGGCGCAGAAGGGAACAUACUUGCCUCAGACCUACAUCCUCCAUGAAGAGAUGGUGGUGACCGGCAAAGUGCACAACAUGCGUCAGCUGGGACCGUUCAUCUACCGCCUGUGCAAUGGGAAGGACACGUACCGCCUCAACCGUCACGUCUCCCGCAGACGCCGGAUUCUGAGGAAGAUCAAGGAGCGUGUGCGUAACCUCCAGCUGCAGAAAGUCAAGCAGCAUCUCCUGAUGAAGACAGCCAGUGGUCACCAGCCUCUCCAGCGUGUGAGGGAGGGCAAGAUUCACCAGCAGCUCAACCACUUCAGCCAACAGGACAUUAGCACCUUUCCUCAGAGGUUCUUUGUGAAUGAGGAGUACUGGCAGCGUCCUGAUGGUCCAGUGUUUCUCUUCAUUGGAGGAGAAGGGCCCAUCUUUGAGUUUGAUGUUCUGGCAGGUCACCAUGUUGACAUGGCUGAAGAACAUGGGGCUCUGCUGUUGGCUCUGGAGCACCGUUUCUAUGGUGACAGCAUCAACCCUGAUGGCCUCAAAACGGAGAACCUGGCAGACCUGAGCAGCCAGCAGGCACUAGCAGACUUGGCAGUGUUCCACAAGUACAUCAGUCAAAGCUUCAAUCUGAGCAGCAAGAACACUUGGAUCAGCUUUGGAGGGUCCUACUCUGGAGCUCUGUCCGCCUGGUUCAGAGGAAAGUUUCCCCAUCUGGUGUACGGAGCUGUGGCCUCCUCCGCUCCUGUCAAGGCGAAGUUGGACUUCUCGGCCUACAGCAAUAUCGUUGGCUUGGGUCUGAUGAAUGAAGUGGUUGGUGGCUCAGGAAAGUGUCUGGCUGUCGUGCGGAAAGCCUUUGUUGCUUUAGAGGCAGCACUGAUGGGUGGUAAUGCCAGCCAGGUGGCCCUGGACUUUGGCUGCUGUCAGUUUGCCGAGAAUCCUGAUGACCAGAUUGAACUGAUACAAAACUUGGCUGAUAUCUUCAUGGGAACAGUGCAGUACAAUGAGGAAGGAGUGCUCAUGUCUAUUCAAGAGGUCUGUGAUGUUCUAACCAAUACAAGCACAGCGUAUGAGGAAGAGAUGAAAGCAUACAACCGCCUUGUUAAACUGGCGCAGCUGUACCGUUCCAUCAGUGAGGAACCGUGUCUGGAUGUGUCCUAUGAGAAAUCAGUCAAGCAUCUGAUGAACACGUCGCUUCAGUCAGGCCAUAGAACAGAGAGACAGUGGAUGUACCAGACCUGCACCGAGUUUGGCUUCUGUAACACACACACACACACACACACACACACACACACACACACACACACACACACACACACACACACACACACACACACACACACACACACACACACACACACACACAUGGUUAACUAUAAUUAUUAUUAUCCUGAACUUCCAUGUGUGUGUAUGUGUGUAGACCAGACUUGUGAGGACGCCACCUGUCCAUUCUCUGGGAUGGUGACUCUGCAGUCAGAAACUAGGCUCUGUCCCAUGCUGUUUGGCAUUUCCCAGCAUUCCCUGCCUGGACGCAUCGCCUUCACAAACACCUACUAUGGAGGAGACAAUCCAGACACACACAGGGUGCUCUAUGUCAAUGGUGGAAUAGACCCCUGGCAGGAGCUGUCAGUCAUCCAGGACAGGACUGAUGAAGGAGAGGGGGAUCAGACUGUCUUCAUUAGGGACACUGCUCACUGUGCUGAUAUGUCCAGCAAAAGAGUCACAGACCGCUGCUCACUCAAGAAGGCCAAACGGGAGAUUGAGAAACAUGUUGCCAGGUGGCUGAAGACGGCUGCUGAGGAGAAGAUGGAGAAAAGAACAGUGUGAUCAGAUUAUAACCUGAUGAACUCUUAUCACUCUUCACUAAAACUGAUAAGACACAGUUAAUAAGAAGCCCUUCCUGGCUGAUCUUAUUCUACAUAAACCUCUUCUUCCUCCAUUUCCUCCCUAAGCUCCUCCUGUUUACCAUCCCUCACUGUCCACGCUCGACCAUCUCAUACCACGGCACACUCAACAUGUAUGUGUUUUGUGUCGUUAUUAGGAUUUCUUGGUAGAUGUGAUUGAUGUUUUUGUGUUUACUGAUAUUCUGGGAAAGCUGAAAGAGUUUCUUAUGUGCUGCUGUUUCUUUGUUAUCUGCUGCAUAUUUCUUGACUUUAGAUUGGAAGUUCAUGAGGAUUUUUAAGGUUUUGAGUUUAACUAGCAGAUAUAUUAGUGUUUUUCACGAUAUAAUUGGAUGGCUGCUUUUGUGUGCAACCAGUAAAAUAUAAUCUUAUGGUUUUUAAUCUGUCAUCAUGACCUCUUUGUACCACUAGGGUGUGAUAUUGCUACAUAUAUGUCAAACAGGUUUCUUGUGCUUCAUAUCAAAGCUCAGGAUAUGGUAACACUUCUCUUUUGUAAGCAGUAUGCAAACAUUUAAAACAUUGCUUAUAACACACUGCAGUGUAGUUGUAAGUGGAGUUAAGGCUAAGAUUUUUUAUCAAGCUACUGUUUCCGAGGUCAAUUAUGAACUUUAAGGCAACUGAGUGUUAAUUCAUGUAUUUGUUAACAACUGUAUCUCCUCUUGUGAGCAGCCACAAGUGGAGGCUGGCAGAUAAUGAAUGAUAAUAUAAUGAAAACACAAUUGUAAUAAUAUAAAAUAUGUCUUCACAGUAAAAUUAUAAUAGCUGACAAAUACUGCAAAUGAAUAAAAACUUAAUGUGCCCUUAUAGCAGCUUACAGUAGAGUGUAUUGUAAACCAUUUUUAAAUAUGUGUGUACUGCUUAUAAAUGCUAAAUAAGCAGACUUAAAGCAAAGUUAUUUACAUAAUGUAUACUACUAUGGAUUUUGA